AUGGAAGAAAACGAUAAUCGAAUAGGCCAGGCGCAGCAACCUCAACCAGUAUCGAUUCAAUUACCUCCAGUUAAGGAAUUCGAUCCAAAAGGAGAUCCUUCCACGGUGCAAGACAUAUUUGAAACAUUAGGUGAGGUAGGCACAACAUAUGACCAGGCAGUAAAUAAGUUAGAUAGUCAUUUUGAUAUCAAGAAGAAUAUUCCAUUUGAAAGAUGUGUAUUUCAUGAAACAGGUCAAGAAACAGGAGAGAACAUAGAUUCAUAUGUCACUAGGUUGAAAAAGUUAAUCAUUCAUUGUGAAUAUGGUGAUGCAACACAAGAUGAGAUAAGAGAUCAAGUAAUAGCAAAAUGCAAAUCAAGUAAGCUUAGAAAAAGAUUGCUACAAGAGCCAGAUCUCACAUUAGAUAAAGUUCUAAGAAUAGGAAAGCUCAUGGAACAAUCAGACCUUCAGACAAAGAAGAUAGAACAACAAAAUGGUGCAGGCUCAUCAGCUGACACAAUGAAAGAAUCUUUCUCAGACCUGAAUAAAAUAAGGCCAAAUAAAUACCAGCACAAAGGUAGGCAAGCAAACAGAAAUCAAAAAUACACUCAACAAAGGGAACAAUGUGGAAGAUGUGGAAUGAAGAAUCACAACAGUAAAGACUGUAGAGUGACAAAAGGGAAAAAGUGCAUGAAAUGUGGAAUUAUGGGACACUUUGCAAAAUGCUGCAAGACCAAAAAUCCAAAGAAACCAGAAAAUCAUCAAGUGAGAGCAAGUAAAGUCACAACAGAAAGUUCAAGUGAUGAUGAAACAUCAGUAUUCAAAAUUGGAAGCAAGGAAAGACCAGUAUAUCCAGUCUAUAUAGAUGGCACACCAAUAAAUAUGCUCAUUGACAGUGGAUCAACAUUGAACAUCAUUGAUGAGAUAUCAUUUCAGAAAUUGCCAAAAGAACCACAACUUGAAAGCAGCAAGACUAAGAUAUUCACUUAUCUAGGCAAAGAACCAUUGAAACUAAAAGGAACAUUCAGAGCAAGAGCUGAAGCAUUUGGGAAAGAAACCCAAGCAAAAUUCUAUGUCACAAAAGGUUCAGGGGGAGCAUUGCUAGGACAAAAGACAGCAGAAAAGCUUGAUAUUUUAAGAGUAGGCCCAGUUCUAGGUUCUAAAGCAGAUCCAACAAAUUCACUUCACAAAUCAGUAAAUGAAAUCAGUCAAGAAAAGCCAACUGAACACAAAAUAGAUCCUAAGAUUCAGAAAGUUCUGGACAACAACAGAGAAGUAUUUGAAGGCAUGGGUAAAUUCAAAGACUACAAGUUAAAACUACAUAUUGAUGAAAAUGUCAUUCCGGUUCAGCAGCCAAUCAGAAGAUUACCAUAUCAUACAAGAAAGAAAGUUUCUGCAGAACUAGAAAGAUUGUUGAAAAAUGACUGCAUAGAGAAAGUUAAAGGUCCAAGUACCUGGAUAAACCCAAUAGUAGUAGUACCAAAGCCAAAUGGAACCAUAAGAUUAUGUUUAGAUAUGAGAAGAGCCAAUGAAGCCAUAGUAAGAGAAAGACACCAGAUUCCAAAAGUUGAAGAAAUCCUCCCAGAGCUGCAUAAUGCAAAAUACUUUUCAAAGAUUGAUUUAAAAGAAGGGUACCACCAACUAGAGUUAGCAGAGGAAUCAAGGCACAUAACAACAUUUCUAACACAUGAAGGUUGUUUUCAAUCAAAACGUCUUGUGUAUGGAGUCAGUUCAGCCUUUGAGCAGUUUCAGAAGGUUAUUGAGCAAAGCAUUGCAGGUUGCCCAGGCACAAGGUCAAUAUCAGAUGACAUUCUGAUAUGGUCAUCGAGUAGAGAUGAAAUGGCAGAGCGUCUUGACACGCUAUUCAAAGCAUUGCAUGCCAGAAACUUAAAGAUCAAUCCAAAGAAAUGUGUAUUUGGAACAACAAAGCUCACAUUUGCAGGAUAUUGUCUAACAGACAAAGGAAUUCAUCCAGAUAAAUCCAAAGUGGAUGCAGUCAACAAUGCCAAAGUCCCAACAAAUGCAACAGAAGUAAGAAGUUUCCUAGGUCUAGUCAACUUUUGUUCACACUUCAUCAAAGACUAUGCUACACUUACGGAACCUCUGAGGAAACUCACCAGAAAGGAAACUACAUUUGCAUGGAACAAGGAACAACAAGCAAGUUUCACAAAGUUAAAGGAAAGCCUUACAAAUGCAAGCACAAUGGCUUAUUACCAGCCUCAUGCAGACACAAAAGUUAUUGUAGAUGCUUCACCAGUAGGACUAGGGGCAAUCCUUACUCAAAAACAACAAGAUGGACAAUUCAAGCCAGUUGCUUAUGCAUCACAUGCAUUAAUCCCAACAGAACAAAGAUAUUCUCAGACAGAAAGAGAAGGCUUAGCCGCAUUUUGGUCAACACAGAAGUUUCAUUACUAUUUGUAUGACAGAGAAUUUACAAUAGUAACUGACCACAAACCACUUGAAAAACUAUUAUCAGCAAGAGGAAGCCCUACACCAAGAUUGCAAAGAUGGUUACUAAAAAUGCAACCAUACAAGUUCACUGUUCAAUUUGAACCAGGACACACAAAUGCAUCUGAUGUACUAUCUCGUUCACCUUUACCAGCUACAGGAGAAAAGUUAACUGAUGAUACAGAACAUUUCAUCAACUCAAUUGUUUAUGAUGCUAUUCCUAAAUCAGUCACAAUAGAGGAAAUUCAAGAAAUAUCAAGAAAUGAUGAAAUAUUGAAAAACAUCAAAGAACAGAUUAAAUCAGAGAAAUGGUCAAAAAGUCCACAAUACAAACCAUAUUUUCUGAACCGGAGAGACCUCUGGAUCAAAGAUGAUAUUAUUUUAAAAGGCACAAAGCUAAUAAUUCCCACAGAUCUAAGACAAAGAAUACUUGCCACAGCACACCAACAUCACUUAGGCAUUGUGAAAACUAAAGGAUUACUUAGAGAAAAAGUAUGGUGGCCAGGAAUAGAUCAAGAAGUGGAAAACUUGAUAAAACAUUGCCAUGCAUGUCAAGUAACAGGAUCCAAUAAAGUCAAUUUUGAACCACUUGAGGUAACAAAGAUACCCUCAACAAAUUGGCACACAGUAGCUUUGGACAUUCAAGGACCAUAUCCAACAAAGGAUUACUUAAUAGCACUCAUAGACUACAGAUCAAGAUAUCCAGUAGUUGCACAAGUCAAAACUAUCAACACAAAGACGGUAAUCAAAGCAUUGGAUAAGAUAUUUUCUAUGUUUGGUUACGUGCACAAAUUAGUUGCUGACAAUGGAAAACAGUUCAUUUCAGACGAAUUCAAACAGUACCUCAAACAACAUGGGAUAAAGCUAAGGAAUGUGACACCGUAUUCACCAUGGGUCAACGGUUAAGUUGA